AUGAAAGGAAGAAAGGCCGACAGCUUUGGGCCCAGUGUGUCCCGUCCGACCUUGCAGGUGAUGGGCGGCGACGCACUGGUCGAGGUGAUCGAGGGCAACCGUGUAAGUGCUUCUUCUCAUUUUCCCACCAUCCGCUUAUCUCACGUCGGGGUGGGCUUGAGAUCGACUGGGGGGAGGUGGUACUAUGAGGUGACCCUCCUGACCGGAGGCCUCAUGCAGUUGGGGUGGGCAGGGCCACUCUUUCAGUGCAGCCCCACCAGAGGCCAGGGUGUUGGAGACCACAUGCAUUCGUGGGCAUUUGAUGGGUUCCGCCAAAAGCGAUGGUGUGUGUCCUCAGCCCCGUACGGCGAGCGAUGGCGAGCGGGCGAUGUGGUUGGUGUGCUCUUGGACACCGGCCUUCAGGAAAUGCGUUUCAGCUUGAACGGACGCGAUCUUGGGGUGGCGUUCGCUGGGUUCGCAAUGGGCGGGCUGUACCCUGCAGCCUCAAUGAACGUGGGUCAGGGAGCCCACUUCAACUUUGGACACGCUCCAUUCUUGUUCCCUCCAAUACGUGACGGCGGUUCAUCGCUCCAGCCAGUCUCGGAAGCCUUGGCAGCCAACGAUGCAACACGUCCCAACUCGGCCGACAGUGCGAGGUCUUGUCAGCUUCCGGUGCGAGGUAUCGAUGGUGAAGACGCCGAAAACGCUGAUAACGGCGAUGAGCACCAUCGUGAGGUCUCCUUGGGAAGAGUUCGAGGUACAAAUGUAGCAGUUGGAACCGGCGAUGGCCAGGCUUUUUCCACCAGUGGCGAAGACGGGCAAGAACGGGAGGGCGAGGACGUUUCCCAAUUACAGAUCGAGAGGCAGGCAUUGGUGGAAAAUUUGAUCGCGAUGGGUUUCCCAGUCGAGUGGGCGAUCAGAGCGGCGGGAAAACCUGGUAUUGGUGACGAAUACAACGACGCAGGGGAGAGUGACGACGGAGAUGCAGACACCGGCGGCUUCGCGUUUGCAUCGGAUGCCGCGGGAGUGGAGCGGCAGGCGCACGAAAACGCAGUUCGAAACAACGAAGAAUCUGGUGAUCGUCGGUGGCACGAUAUGUACAGUGCGGUUAGGAGAGGCUUCCUUGCUCGCAACAUCGGCGCGUCCCCAGCAACUGCAGUUUUUCAACCUAGUUCAUAUGGACGCGCAAGUAUCACGCCGGGCACGGUGACGGAAGCCGGGCGGACUGCAAUAAAAUCGGCCUCAUCUCCAACCGCGCCUCCAUUCCUUGCGGAGGACGGUCAAGCGAUGGUCGACGGGCUUCGAAGUACAUCUUACGGAAUAAAACGGGUGGCCAUGAUAACGGACGAACGUGACCUCCCAUCCCUUAGCCGUGUUCUCGAAACGGCCCUGUCCAUCCUCCUCGCUCGUGCAGCAGUUGUCAACCUGUUUUCGCAUAUAUCGGCAGCAACUGGCACGUGGAUACCCCGGUGCCACUCGUACGUCAUAGCUGCCAGAUUUCCAUCGUUGCUUUGGGCGAACGGGCCUGGCGACGUCAGUGUUCGAGAGGAGAUGGCCAGCCCGUCGCCUGUUCGUGACUCUUGGAGGGGCGGGUGGGGGGGCGCAGGGGCGGCAAUGGAGGUGGUAGACGGAAUACUUCAGAUGCUGGCAGUUGAGGAAAGCCAGAGGAGCAUUGUGGACCUCACGAAAGUGUUUGCAACGUGGUACGUACCAUCACGAUCGAAGCAUACGGGGGAUGUACUGUCGAUAGAUAAAUCAGCAGCAGCUGGAAAAGGCACUACCGGCGUCACUGGGUGUAACGGAUCCACAAAAGACUGUCCACCUGGCGUUUGUUUCAAGUUGGCAAAUGUUACCGACGCGAUUGGGCAACUUCCAGGGUCCUACUUCAUGUCGAUGCGGUCUCUGAUCGAGCUUCUUGUUGCUUCGGUUAAACCUCGGGAUGAAUGGAAAGCUUGGACGUCGGCAAAGCGGUUGUCGGAGAAGUGGACCAAAGAUGACCCAACACCUUCAAGUUCACGAAGUUCCGACGUUGCCAGAAACGCAAGAAUGCCUUCCUUGAUUCGUCUCUUGACACUCUUCAUUCACGAAGCAAUUUCGACAUUUGAAACCGGCCCGGUCCUCAAAAACGUCGGGUCCACGGGCGCCGACAAACUACCCACCGAAGAGCUAAACGCGGGACGGGGUCGGGGCACAAGCGUAAGUGAACUGCUUGCUUUUCGUUCCAACUUUUCGUGGGCACUAUGGGUACUGGAUACGAUGCUGAAGUUGGAGAGUGCGGGAAGCACAAUGGACGGUCCCUCUUAUGCACCUCGUGAUGGAAGAGACCCUUCGACUGAGCGUAUCAGGACGACAAGUGCGGAAAACGAAAACAUCAGCGACGACGCAAACUUGUUGCUGCCGGAGGUGCCCUCGGCACGGUCACCUCAGGCUUUUGGGGCUGUCCUUCGCACGGCAAACAGCAACAACCUGGACGAGUCUCUGCAAACUCUGGCGUACACGCUCUGCUCUAACAUGCUCACCCUUUCUCGGCCGGCAAAGCGGAUAUUCCCCGGCAGCAUGGCUUCUUCGAACGCCUCCCAUGAAACGACGGAGACGUGUUUGGGCUCGCCCGAGGGAGACGGAUAUACACUACCACCGCAAGAGCUCGCGCUGGCUCGAGCGUUCUCAUCACGCCUUCGGAGCCAAAUCAGUGCGCCAGGUCCGUCGUCGUCUCUGCUUCAGAGCGAGCUAGAGCUGCUUGCUCAGUGGGGACUUCGGCGAUCGAUCGUCAACGGUAAAAAUCGGCCGCGAGAAGAAGGGUGGGAUCUGGAGAAAACGAAGGUUGGUGCCGAUAAGCCGCCAUCUCCUGGGGAUUGGGUUCACACCGGUCAAAAUGGCGCCGACACCUGGGACGUGACCACGGGCUUGUUUGCCGGUGCCGAAGGGGGGGGUGAUGGCUUUGAGAUAGCUCCGGACACAAACUCUCGGGCGGCAGGCAGAGGAAGGGGGAUGGGGACAGCGGAGAGUGAGACGUCCUUGCCAUCAGGCUUGCACACUCCGCCCUUUUCGGGGGCCCUCACCCCUGCUCAUCACAACUCGCUUCUCGUCGAGGCUGUGUCAGCAACAUCUGUAACGGUGAGCUGGGGAGAUUGGUUUGAGACCGGUGGCGAGCCAGAGCUACAGGUUUGGGUCGGUGGCGACGGAGUGGCCCUUCCAGUGGCGUUUGGUAAGGCGCCCAGGGCUUCUGACCUGGCACAAACGCUUCGCUCUAAGCUCAAACGCGCCACCAACCGACGAAGAGAUGAAGGUCCAAGCAUGGUUCUCCUGUGUACACCGUUCGUUGCGUCAAUCGGCAGUCGGGGGUGCCUCACAGUUCACGGCCUCGCAGCCGACACGCGCUACUCCUUCCGACUAGAGCGCCGCAAGACAUGCCCCUCAAGGGCAUCUCCAUCGGUGGCUGCAGAAUUUUCCGACGAUGAGCGCUCAUGCUUCCCAGCGGCAGCCACCGUCGGUGCAAACUCUACGGGUACCGGGGGAUCGAGUUCCGAUCCACUGGGAGCUGAUGUUGCGGACGGUGCAAGCGCUCUGACGGGCAUAGAUGGCAGCCAUGGUGGAGACGGGGGUGGAACUUCGACGUGCUCCGAGGGAUGCACUACCGUAUUCACCGACGAAAGUCGUUGUUGCACGUCCUCUACGCGGGCAGUGGCAGGGACAAAUCGCAGCCCGUCUGCCGGGGGCAGAUACGUGAACAAGCAUAGUGUGGACGGAGAUGAGUUCAAGUGGCCAUCAACGGGUGAUCGGGGCCGGUUUUGUAGCACAUCGGAGGAGUUUGUGCUGGGAAGAGCGAAUGGGGCCAUCGUGGCUGCCGUGAACGUAGCGACCCCGCCAGAGGUCCCGUUCAUGCUCGAUGCGGAGGGCUGCGGGCCAAAUCUUGGGUUGACUAACUCCAACCUUACCGUGACUAACACCGGCCGUAAGAAAUGGAGCGCGGUUCGAGCAACUCGGGGAUUCACGUGCGGGUCGCACCGCUGGAAAGUUCGUAUCGACAGGUGCGUCUCGAAGAACGUGUUCGUCGGAGUGGUUUCGUCGGCGUCGGCACUCAACAACUAUGUCGGCUCGGACAGAUCGGGAUGGGGGUACUUGGCGAACAAAGCAAUCUGGCACAACAAGGGCAAGGUUCGGUCUUAUGGCGACCUCUUCCGGGAAGGAGAUACCAUCGAGACAAUACUGAAUAUGGACUUGGGCACCCUCCGAUUCGCCCGCAACGGCCGUGACCUCGGUAUGGCAGUGCAGGGUCUCGAGGGCACGCUGUUCCCGGCGUUUUCCAUGUACAACAGGAACGAUCAACUCACCUUCAUACCUCCGGAAGAAAACUCCUCACCACCUCCUGUCCCUUUUUCUUGGAGUGCUGCCGGCGAUAAGAACGGAGGAGGCCCUACCCGCGUUGGGGGCGGAAUGAAUGUUUCAUGCACCUACUCGAAUGUGCUAUAUGGAACGUUUUCGGCGGAGUGCGUGGUCCGGAGAGCGGCAAAGGCCCUUCAGGUGCUCGAAACCCUGAACGACCAAGGCCAAUUAGCUCCCAGCCCGGCCAGGGCCGAUUUGAUGGACGACAUCCGGUCGCGCCUGCUCCGGUGGUCACGGGGGGAGCAUGGAAGGUCCGUAGCGUCCGUGCGGCCGUGGGCGCCGGUACGCUUAGAUACCUCCGAGCAAGCUCGCCGAGAUUUGUUCGGUCUCGGAGUAGGAGACCGCGUCCUAUCGGCGGAAGGGGAGGCCACCGUUUUAGGGGCAACACGCCACGCUCUUUGGGUUGCGGUAGAGGCGACCUCAUCGGCCUCGGCAUGCACUCCUGGUUUGAGUAGGGGGUCCCGAGCGUGGGGUUCGGACCUGCCCGACAACCGACAUGGAGAUGCCGGUAGAGGCUUCACCGGCAACAACACACCAGCCGCAACAUCUGCAACCGUGUGGAGCCCCUCACACCAACGCUUUGUUGGGAAAAGCGGGAGCAAGAUUACAGCCUGGUCUCGCUGCACCGUGCGUCAGAUCGCUAGUCGUCCCGAGGACUACGUCAUCAGCCGUCACACGACGCCAACAGACUCGGUCGAACGCCUGGGCACGACCACUAACGUCGAUGAUGACCGCGAUAGCACAGGCCAACACGAGACGGCCGGUGAGGUCGCUGUUGUCGAUGACUUUCUCCGCACAGAUGAAGCCCGAAAUGUACUGUCGAGGUGGACGCCCAAAAUGGACGAGGAACUUGGUCGCCAUCUCACCAAAUUGGCCGACACGAUGGAAGUUGCGACUCCGCUGGACCUGCCCUUCAACGUCCUCGAAAAGCUACCGUCAUCGACUGAACUGUUUCCUGGCACGGAUCCAGUAGCCGCCGCUGAAAUUUGGGCGCGGGCGGCCCUCUUGCUGUACGUAGACGACCUGGUUUUCCCUCUCCUGCCACUCAUAAGCACUACGCAAGGUGGCCGUGGGCCACUUGGUACGUUGAUACACAAGUUCAGGCACCUCAUUUUCAAAACGACCAAGCUUGAACUUCUGGACAACGCAAUUCGGCCAAUAACAACGGCAUCAUCAGAGGUUGAAUUGGGAAAUGGCGCGCCGGCGUUCACAAUACCGUUAAUCGGUGUCAAAUCCCUGCCGAGAUUCCCGGCCAACCGUUUGAAUGCAGCUAAGCCCUGCCCACUAUCUUGGGGCGAAACGAGAAGGGAAGUGGAGAAGUCCGUCUUCGGUCAGGUCGCCAGACACCUCUCACACAGGGGCAAGCACGUGCUGUCGGAGGGACCGCUGGCAUUUUCAGUUGAGCUCGUCGACGCUUCCAAGUUGGCGGAUGGCGAAAGUGGCAACCGCGAUUGUCUUCAGAUGUCGGAUGCACGGGCACUGUACCGAGGCGUGUUUUGGCAGGUGUGCGAAGACGUGUGCUCGUCGCCGAUAUCGAUGUUCGUGCGCUCUCCUUCAUCACCCGCGGAUGAAGCAUCUUUGGGUGCUUCUGACCCCACUGCGCCAGUCAACAACGAUAACAACGUCGACGGUGUCGCUUUUGCUGCGAACACCCCACCCAGGGACCAUGUUCGCGACACGGUACCUAAUCCAUAUUUCACGUCUCGAGGACUGUCACCGGUGUGCAUGGACCCCGAAAGGAUUUCGCUCUACCGAUCUUUUGGUUUCAUCGUCGGAGUUGCCGUUCGGACAGGGGUGCCGUUGCCUUUAUCACAUCUCUCCUCACAGUGGUGGAUGCUCGUUUCAAACGGCGAAUGUCCCUCAGCGGCCACCGAAAAUGCACCGGGAGUGACCAGGACGCUUGCAGGUUCUCCGGGGACGGGAUUGUGUUCGAACGCCACAAAAGAAGCACCGCCAAAAUAUAUAAUAGACGGGGUGCUUUCGGCCCUCAGCCACCUGGAGGAAGCGGGCUUGAAGCAAGAAGAAAUGGACGAAGUGCUCGCGGAUGCAAGAUUCGUUGCUCCGCUGUCGAGCGGGAAUUCCACGGAGGAACUCGUUCACGGAGGUCUUGAUCGUCGCGUGACCAAUCAAAAUCUCGGCGAAUAUCGCGCCCGUUUGGCCAGGUUACGAGCCUCGGAAUAUGCUUCACAGGCCGCCGCCUUUCGGGCGGGCAUGGAGGCCGCACUUCCCAAUCGCGUGCUUUCGUUGUUGACGUGGAGGGAAUUGGAACAACUUAUUUGUGGCGCUAGCUGA